AUGCAGUUUGUACGCAAGGCCGAAGAGGCCAUAACUGGCAAGAAGGACGAGUCGCACGAGUCGACCAAGUCCUCCAACCAUGGACCUCACAAGUCCAACUUGGCCAACAAGCUUGACCCCCGCGUCGACAGUGACAAAGACAACCGUGCUGCCUACGCCGAUGUGACUGGCGCUGUUCCUGGGACAACUCACGGCACAACCGCCGCUACAGGCACCGGCAGCUCUACUCUGGGCUAUGGCACUACCCAGGGUACCUCAGGUGCGACUGGCACCUGUGCCGGUGUGGAAUCUACCCAGGGCACCAGCGACAGCACCAUUGUCGGCCCCCACAGCUCCAACAUCGCAGACAAGGCCAAUCCCCGUGUUGACUCUGACCGUGAAAACUGCGCUCGCCAUGAAGCAGGCCUCACUGGCGCUGGAACUGGUACCAGUCUUGGAUCUACCCAUCGCACCACCACAACCGCUACAGGCACUCACGGCUCGGCCUUGAGCUCUGGUACUGCCCACGGCAUGACUGGCACCACGGCCGGUCCCCACAGCUCUAACAUCGCGAACAAGGCCGAUCCCCGUGUUGACUCUGACCGCGACAACCGUGCCUACCACGAGGGUCUUACUGGUGCUGGCACCGGUGCUGGUGUUGGAUCUACUCACUCCACCACCGCUACAGGCACUCACAGCUCUACUCUGGGCUCUGGAACUGGUGCUACCCACGGCGCUCCUAUUGCUACCCCCGACAGCAGCAGCACGAAUGCCGGUCCCCAUAGCUCAAACAUCGCUAACAAGCUCGACCCCCGCGUUGACUCUGACCGCGACGACCGUGCUCAGCACGAAGGUCUCACUGGUGCUGGCACUGCUGCCAGUGUUGAAUCUACCCACGGCACCACUGGCAUCACCACUGCCGGCCCCUAUAGCUCCAACAUCGCUAACAAGCUCGAUCGCCGUGUGGACUCGGACCGUGACAGCCGUGCUCAGCACCAGUCCACUCUCGCUGGUACUGGCCCCGGUACUACCACCCACGGUACACACACUCGUGGUGCUACUGUUGCUCCCACUGGCCUGGCGAUUAGUGGCUCCGGUCUUGAUACUGGUGCUCUCGCUGGCAGUAGUUACGAUACUCCUGCCAAUACUCCUGCUACUGGUACUACUACUAGUGCUACUGGUACCACUGGUCCUCAUCGUUCAAGCAUUGCCAACAAGCUUGAUCCCCGUGUCGACUCAGAUGCUACCCGUGCUCAGAAUGAGGGUCCUCACCGUAAGAUCUAG